AUGACUUCGACAUCCCCCACCGCCGCCGCCUCUGCUGCUGCAGCGGUCGCAAAGCCCGCCGGCGACAAUUCUGCUUCUACUAUUACUGUCAACCCCAAGCCGGCACCGCCCAGCUUUCCCGCGCCAAAAACCGAUAAGCCACGACCCCACGUUUGCGCGACCUGCCAGCGUUCCUUCGCUCGCCUCGAACAUUUGAAGCGACACGAGCGCUCUCACACCAAAGAAAAGCCAUUUGAGUGUCCCGAGUGUCAACGAUGUUUUGCUCGCCGAGACUUGCUCCUGCGACACCAGCAAAAGUUGCAUCAAACAACCACCCCCUCGGCCCGCCCACGCAACCGCCGAGAAUCUGCCAGCGGCGUCACUCCCGCCCAAGCCCGACGCAAGAAUAGCAUAGCGGGCGCCAGCGUCGGUGCCGCCGGUCAAGGGAACGCCCAGAUGAGACCACGAGCAAAUACCAUAAGUCAUGUUGACGGCUCAGCCAUGCAGAUGCUGGCCUCCGCCAACGCCUCCGUUGCCAGAGGCAUGGGCGGCCACAAUAGACACCCGUCCUUGGUAGGCCUGCCACUGCACAAUUUCGACUUUGGUAGCAUGUCUCUCGCUCUCAGCCAGCGCGGCAUGGCUCUCAGCCUCUCCAAGCUUGAUACGGGCACCAACGCCGAGCUCGACCCGGCCCUGAGGACGGCACCCGCAGUUGGUCCCUUUGGCACCGAAUUUGACUUUGAGAAUAUUCUCUUUGGCCAUGGAUCGACCAUCAAUCCCAACGCGCUCCACUACAACGACUCACCCCAGUCCAUGAAUGUCGACCAGCAGUCUCCGUUCAGCUCCUCCCUGAACGACCUGUCGUCUGGCCAGCCGUUCGACGAUGGCCUCGACUGGGUUGCCGGCUUUGAGCAUCAGAUGACCUUUCAAAACAACGAAAACGCGAUUGACGGAUCGAGUCCUUCGGCAAUCAGCACCACGAGCCAGAGCGGGAUGAGCGAUGUGAUGGUGGACGGUUCCAAUCACCCGGUCCCGGCAGGGUCUUCCACAAUGUGGCAGCCGUCCGUCAUGGGUCCUCCGCAGAUGACGAACCCGUUUGCUAUGGAUAUCAAUGGGUCGGUUUUCCCGGAUCUCCUCAAUGGAGCACCUGUAUCACCUCAGCCAGCUUCUCAAAAGAUCAAUGACCCCUACCUGUCCACGCAUCAUUCGCAGAGUUCAAUGAACCCAUCCGUCGUAACGGGACGCAACGCACAAAGCAUAAGCAGCUCCCCAAGCUUCCAUCCCGGCCCGGACCCUACGCACCCCAUCGCUGCCGGGAACCUCGGAGCCUCUCCCGUAACCACCAUCACAGAUGCCACCCGGACCGCCAUUGUGAAUAUCCUCUCCAAAUCCCAACCAUUUGGUCGUAAACCCGUGCUCAAGACUGCACCGCAGACUGCCAAUAACCAGCCCACCGAGCACCAGCUACCCAGCACCCCGGAUCUCCAGCGAUACGUUACAGCCUACCUGACGCACUUCCACCCGCAUCUUCCAUUUUUGCAUGUACCCACCCUCAAUUUCGAUAUGUCCAAGCCAGGCCACGAUGACGAAGAAGGUUCUCAUGGCGGCAAAGGAUGUCUUGUUCUGGCCACCGCCAUGAUCGGCGCCCUGUAUGAAAGAGACCUCGAAGUGUCGAAGCAAAUUUUUGAGCUAUCGAAGCGAAUGGUGUUUAUGUUUUUACAAGAUCGUCGGAAGCAGGAAAUGAGUCGGGCAAGGAGCACACCGUCUCUCAGCGGCUCGCAGCCGAGUGACGAUGGUUCUGAUACUCCCGUCUGGCUUGUCCAGACAAUGCUGCUUAACGUGUCUUACGGUCACAACGUUGUCGACAAGAUUGCUACCGAUAUUGCUUCGAUGCACAUUUCCUCCUUGGUGGGUCUCGCUCAAGGCGCCCAGCUGGCGAAGCCGAUUCAACUUCACGUCCCGAAUAUUGAAGAUGUGCAAAUGGCCAACGAUGACAAUUUUGAACGCAAGAAGGAGCGUCUACAAGAUCAUCAAUGGCUCGAGUGGAGCAGAAUGGAAGGGCGCAAGCGCACCCUCUACGCUGUGUUCCUCUUAUCUAGCGUUCUGGUAACGGCAUACAACCAUGCGCCAGCUCUGACGAAUUCCGAAAUCAUGAUUGAUCUGCCCUGCGAUGAAGAAUUUUGGGCUGCAGAAACUAGUGUCGAUUUUUUCGCCAGGGGUGGUGUCCGCGGUGCUGCUCACAACACGCCACCAUUUCGCGAGGCCCUAGGCGAGCUGCUUCACUCGAGUCAAAGAGAAACGGGCGAGAUGCCGAUGAAGAACAUGUCGGUCGCCUUUGACAACAUACCCAACCCCAGCAAGCCACCCGGUAGCAAGCUUAACCCGAGUUCCUAUGCAAUGCUUAUGCUCAUUUAUGCACUUCACAACUACAUCUGGGAGACGCGCCAGCGACACCACAACAAGGUGUGGACCAACGAGGAGACGGAACGCAUGCAUCGGCACAUUGAGCCCGCUCUGCGCGCCUGGCAGAUGGCAUGGGCAAGUAACCCGCGCCAUUGCGUAGAGCGACCGAACCCUUACGGUCUGGGUCCCUUACCCGCCGACUCCAUUCCACUGCUUGAUCUGGCCUAUGUGCGCCUCUUUGUCAAUCUAUCUCGCGCCAAAGAGCGGUUCUGGGAGCGCGACUGGGUGGGCAUGGCCAACGAGAUUGCCCGAGGCAGCCAAGUCAUUGAGAAUCGCGCCGACGGGUCAACUACUGAGUCCAGCAGUCGAGCAGAGCCCGCCGAUGCCAACAUGGGCGAUGCCAUUGUGUCCGACUCUCCCGGUCCACAGACGCAAUCCAUCGACUUUGCGCGAUUUAACGGCUCUGGUGACGAUUUGAACUCAGCCGAGCGAGUCACAUCUCGGCGCGAGAAGCACCUCCGCAAAGCCUCAUUCUUCGCCGCUGACUCCCUCCUCAUGGCCGACCGACUAGGCCUGUCAGUAGCCGAUCUGUGGGGCGGCGAGCUCCCUCUACAAGCAGCGCUCUGCGCGUUUGACUGCCUCCAAGUGCUCGCCGAGUGGGUGGCGACGCUGCAGGAUCGCGUCGGGCCGUAUCUAGGCAUCGUCGGCCAUGACGACAUCGAUUUCGGACAGAUGCCCGCGAUCAUGAUGCUCGAGGAGGAUGACGUCAGGCUCCUGGAAAAAGUCAAGAACAUUGUCGACUCAAUUGGGGCCAAGGCCAAGGAGAAGCUGGCCGCAGCGGGCAUCGACCCGAACUUUACUCUCGUCGAGCCGGGUGGCUAUGUGCCGAAGUUGUUGCGGCUCUUUGGCAUCAUGUUGAAUAAUGCGGGCGUUUGGCAGGUCUUUCAGAUUCUCGCCCAGUGUUUGGAAUCACAGGCCCUUCACGCGCGGAAUCGUGCGCAGCGAUCGACGACUACGCCCAUGACGGAUUGA